AUGAUAGGUGUAUUAAUUGACAAGAAACUGGCCAUAUUGGACAUCGAUGAACCCACAGGAAAAGCAACUGCGGAACGGCUGAACCGCACUUAUUUGGACAAAGUUUUGUUUGUAAAAUGUGACGUCAGCAAAGAAGAAGACAUAGAAGCCGCUUUCAAGGAGGUCGUGGAGAAGUUUGGAAACAUAGAUGUCCUGGUCAAUAAUGCAGGCGUUAUGAGCGACGCGCCUCACAUGUGGAGGAAAUCUUGUGAUAUCAACUGGCAAGGCACGGUCUCCUUCACCCUCAAAGCGCUGGCCCACAUGAGGAAGGACGAGGGAGGCAAAGGAGGAACCAUUAUUAACAUUGCGUCCGCAGCUUCUUUCGAGAAGGUCCACAUAAUUCCAAUCUACUGUGGCUCUAAGGCUGCUGUGCUCCACUUUACUCGCACUAUUGCUAACCAACCAGAUUUCGUCGAAAUAACUGGCAUCAGGAUCCUAGUGAUCGGCUUCGGGCCUACAGCAACGCCCUUGAUGGCAGACGUCAAGAACAAAGUGUACGAGGCAAAACUUGGCAAACCAUACGAGGGGGUGGAGGUUCCGUGUCAAAAGGUUGAAUCAGCAGUAAAUGCAUUUUUCAAGAUGUUCAAAGAAGGGGAAAACGGAAGCGUUUGGAUGUCAGUGAAAGAUAAACCUGUGAAGAACUUCACACCCUAUAUGGAAAAGUUUCUAGAGGAUUAUAUGCAAAUAUUGUAUAAUGACGAAUAA